AUGAGUGCUCAAAACUUUGACUCUCUCAGUGAUUUAGCAUAUCCGCUUGCAACUAAAACGAACAAAGGAUGCUUACAAAAAGCAGAUUUAGUAUUCGUAGUUGAUGGAUCAGGUAGUAUAGGACCGGCAAAUUUUGUAAAACUACAAACAUUUCUAAAGGACAUAGUUACUAAAUUAAAUGUCGGACCUAAUGCUGUGCACGUUGGUGUCAUGAAGUUUAGUAACUAUCCAUCAAUCGAGUUCCCGUUGGAUAUGCAUUUAUCACGUCAAGAAGUGAUGAAGGCUAUCGAUAAUGUCAACUAUAUUGGUGGAGGUACAAAUACUGCCGAGGCUAUUAACUACAUGAACCAACAGAUGUUUUCUCAAAAGAGCGGAGCGAGAUCAAAUGUUCCCAGAAUUGCUGUAGUUAUAACAGAUGGUAGAUCAUCUAAUCCGACAAACACCGCAAAUGCUGCAAAUCAAGCAAGAACUGAUAACAUCGGAGUUAUGUCCGUGGGAAUCGGUGCCGGAGUAGACCGGUCAGAGUUGAAUGCAAUUGCUGAUAACCCUGACAGUCAGAAUGCAUUUAUGGUCAACAACUAUGAUCAACUUCAAUCAAUUGUAACACAGAUUGUAAACAGAGCAUGUCAAGUAAGAGCUACACAACCAGUACCAACAGUAAGAGCACCAGGUGCUACCCUGCCUCCUGAUCCAUGCCAAGACGUACAGCCAAACUGUAGGAGUUUCCAAGACAACAUGUGCUAUGACUAUGCACCAUGGGCAAAAGAUAACUGUGCAAGAUUCUGCAACAUCUGUAAACCCCUUUACACAACCGCACCACCACCAUGUAUUGACGUAUUGAAUGAUUGUGCUAGUUAUGGACUGUUCGUGUGCCAUGAUAAGCGAUACAAAACUUGGGCUAGUGACAACUGUAGACAGUUCUGUGGAUUCUGUGGCACUGCAAAUGGAGCAAUUGGAUUUUAUGGAAAAUGUUAUUACAAGGGACAGACAUACAAUCAUGGACAGAAAUGGACCGAUGGAUGUGAUUAUGAAUGUGUCUGCGAAGAUGGACAGACUGGAAGAUACAAAUGUUACAACAAAUGUCCACUUUACUACAACCUUCCAAAUGACUGUACUUUAGUACGAAGUCCUUCAGAAUGCUGUCAACAACCUGUUUGCAACUUCAACCAAAACAUACAAACAUUCCAAAGUAACUCAAUGGGUCGUACCCCUGCUGGCUUACCUGUAUGCGCAUACAAAGGAAAACAAUACAUCCAAGGUCAAUCUUGGCAAGAUGGUUGUGAUUAUCAGUGCACGUGCACCAAUUCUGCAACAGGAGCAUACAAAUGCCAGGACUUAUGCCCUACCUACACUUCAAUUCCACCGUACUGCCAUAUGACCAAACAGAAUGGAGAUUGUUGUUCUAAACCAGUUUGUGAUUUUACCACACAACAAGGAAGUUUCUCAGGAACUGGAUCAAUAAGUGGAAAAGGAGUUGAUACAACACCAACUACUCCUGCUCCAUGUGCCAACACUGCUCCGAACUGUGAAAGAUAUGGAAAAAAAACAUGUACAGACUUUGUUGGAUGGGCAAGUGACAACUGCAGAAAGUAUUGUGAUAUGUGUAAUGUUAAGCCAACACCUGGACCAAAUGAUAAAUGUAUGUUCAAUGGUGAAGAAUACAGCCAAGGACAGGGUUGGAUGAUUAGCUGUGAUACACAAUGUGUAUGUGAAGAUGCUAUUUAUGGCUACUACAGGUGUACAAAUAUUUGCCCAAAAUACAGCAAUUUACCCACUGGUUGUUAUGAAACAAAGAAAUCGGGUGAUUGUUGUGCCUCAGUACAGUGUGAUUCUGGAACCAUACUGACCUCAACCAACAACCUCGGAACAAUUGGUAGUGGAGGACUGAUCGUAGUUAAAAAUCCAAAUCAGCCUCAGAUAGCACCCACAGCACCAGGAGGAGCCACUCCACAACCUGGUACAGGUGGAACUGGAAUGCAAGCACCUACACUUCGUGGUUGUUUGUACAAGGGACAUCUUUAUCUACAAGACCAGAUGUGGGAUGAUGGAUGUCAGUUCAGUUGUGUUUGUAAGAGUGCACAAAAUGGAUUCUAUGAGUGUUCCUCAAAAUGUCCAUCCUACCCUAGUCUUCCAGUUGGUUGUCACAUGGAGGCAGACGACAGUGAACCAUGUUGCCAAAAGCCAGUAUGCAUUGACCCAAAGACUCCAGUGAUCCCGAUAUUUAACCAGGGAACUACAGGACAAGGUGUAGUCCGACCACCCAGUAUUACCGAUCUGUACAACAACACCUACCAGGUUCAUUACACACUUUUAUAUGGAAACCAGACUGUUGCCCCUCCUACUGCCCCAUCAGCAACAAUUAGACCUGGAAUUGGUUAUUGUGAAUAUAAAGGACAGAGAUAUAACCAAGGACAAAAUUGGGACGAUGGCUGUGAUUAUAAAUGUGUAUGUGAAGAUGCUUCUAUUGGAAAAUGGAGAUGUAGGGAAAGAUGCAGAAAAUAUAAUAACCUUCCUCAGCAAUGUUUUCUCCAAACAUCUGUGGCUGAUGCAUGCUGUAAGGAACCGUACUGUGAUUUCACAGCUACUGGAGCAUCUUUCACCGGUGCUGUUACACAGACCAUGGCACCAAUAACACCACAACAAAUCACAACUACACCAAGACCAACAUCACCUAAACCAAAAAUGUGUGUGUAUGGUGGUAAACAAUACUCACAAGGUCAGCAGUGGUAUGAUGGAUGUAAAUACAGGUGUACAUGUGACAAUGCACUCCUUGGCUUCUACAGGUGUACAAACAGAUGUCCAGAAUAUCAGAAUGUUCCUGAUGGUUGCUCUAUGGUCCCCGACACACAAGAUCCUGUCUGCUGUAAAGUACCACAGUGUAAUUUUACUCCAGCACCAGGUGUUAACACAGGAACAGGGGGCAUAGUAACCUUGUCACCAGGAUCAUUCCAAGGAUCAGGAAAUUCAGGAACAAAUAUAAACAUUGGUUAUUGUUUGUACAAGGGACAGAAAUAUUCUCAAAAUCAGAAAUGGGAUGAUGGAUGUAGUUACCACUGUUAUUGUAAAGAUGCAAGAUCUGGCCUAUACCAAUGUGAUGAGACUUGUCCCCGAUAUGGAAAUCUGCCAUACCCAUGUACUCUGAUAACAGACUUCAGAAACCCAUGUUGUAAAGUACCAGACUGUCAGUUCAAUGGAAAUCUUAAUGAAAUUACUGGAACUUUGACCCCUGCUCCACAUAUUGGGCAUACUUUAGUGCCACCAAAGCCAGGUCAAAAUGGACCAUCCACACAAGCCCCAGUCCUGAAUUACUGCCUGUACAGCGGAGUUAGGUAUUAUCAAGGACAGACAUGGGAUGAUGGGUGUGAUAAGCGAUGUCGCUGUGAUGAUGCAACACAAGGAUUCUACACUUGUAAUGACAGAUGUCCAAAAUAUCCAACUCUUGCAAAGGAUUGUACUUUAGUAACAGAUCCCAGUGAUGUUUGCUGCCAGAAACCAGAAUGUAAUUUCCAGUCUAUCUUGAAAAAUAUAUCCGGAACCAUUCCCCCUAACUUGAUUCCAACUCUAGCGCCACCUGCUCAGAUUACUGGACAAGUCAACACUCCAGCACCAACACCUGGCCCAGGACCUACACCAAAACCAAUAACCAAAUGUUUCUACAAGAAUGCACAAUACUCCCAGGGACAGAGAUGGGACGACGGCUGCAAGUACACAUGUGUUUGUGAAAAUGCAAUGACAGGAAAAUAUACUUGCACUGAAAAAUGUCCAAAAUGGCCAACCCUGCCACCACAAUGUAGCUUACAGAAGGAUCCAGCUAACCCAUGUUGUUACAAACCAGAGUGUGUUUUCAAUCCUAAUGUGAAUGAAUUAACAGGCAAAGGGACUACACAGGCUCCCCAUAUUGGACCAACACUUGUACCCACACCAUACACUGGACAACCUACACGAGCUCCCUUUGCUACACCAGCUUUACCUAAAGCUGUAUGUGUGUACAAAGGAAAAAGUUAUACACAAGGACAGAACUGGUAUGAUAACUGUGAUUACCAAUGUACAUGUGAAAAUGCCAUGCAAGGAAUCUACAGAUGUAGCAGAAGAUGUGCAGAGUACACUAAUAUACCCAAGGAAUGCACUCUGGUCGCUGACGAUAGAGAUCCUCUUUGUUGUAAAGUACCUCAAUGUAACAUUCCUCCCCAGUAUACCAACCAAACUGGAUAUGUUCCAAUCCCCACAGCUAAACCAGGAGUCCUCACCGGUGGAUCUGUCACCAAGGUACCAACCCCAGGAACUACCAUGGUACCAGUGCCAGGACAACCAAACCCAACACCAGGACCAACACCUGCUCCAAGAGAAAUCUGUAUCUACAAGGGACGAAGUUAUACACAGGGACAGAAGUGGCAAGAUGGCUGCGACUAUGACUGUGAAUGUGUUAAUGCUAAAAUGGGUUUCUAUAGAUGUUCAGAGAAGUGUCCAAAAUACACCAACUUGCCAGCGCAAUGUAGAUUGGUUGCUGACUAUCUAAAGCCAUGUUGUAAGAAACCUUACUGCGACUUCACAGGAACUAAUGGACAGAUCAGUGGAACCGUGACUCUAGCUCCAGGUAUGGUGACUACUUUGGCACCACUUGCUCCUGGACAGACACGCCCACCAACUCCAGCACCUACACCAAAAAUGCCUGAUUACUGUAUGUACAAUGGUGUACCUUUCAAACAAGGACAGACAUGGGACGAUGGAUGUGACCUUAAAUGUGUAUGUGAAAAUGGGAAGACAGGGUUCUACAGAUGUUCAGACAGAUGUGCAAAAUACCCAAGUGUACCUCAAGGAUGUGUUUUAGUUACCGAUCCAUCAGACAGCUGCUGUCGUGUACCAAGCUGUAGUCCUCAAACACCACAACCAGGAUUUACACCUUCACUUGGUCCAGGAAUGACUCCAAAUCCCAACCCAACACAGGUACCACCAAUGAUACCUACCGUACCAGCUGUUAUCAUUGGUGUGGGUGUGACACCAACACCACGCCCAGGCUUCCCAACCCCUGCUACAAAUAGUCCACCAAUUCCAGUAUGUAUGUACAAGGGAAAAACUUACACUCAAGGACAGAAAUUUGAUGAUGGAUGUGAUCUUCAUUGUGAAUGUUUUGAUGCCGUAAACGGAAGAUAUAAAUGUACAAAACGUUGCCAGACCUAUGUCAAUCUACCAAGUAACUGCAGACUUUCUGUUGAUCCAAAUGAUGCCUGCUGUAAGAUUGCUACCUGUUCACCAACACCAGCACCAAACAUGACACCAAAUCCUUUAAAUACACUUGUUCCAAAUCCAGGAAAUACUGGUCCAACUAUUGCACCAAAUAUGAGGACUACUAUUGCACCAAAUAUGAGGACUACUAUUGCACCAAACCCCUACACUGGAGUUCCAACAUUAUCACCACAACCAAAAGAUGUCUGUAUAAUGAAAGGUCGUCAGUAUACACAAGGUCAGACCUGGUACGAUGGAUGUGACAAGAAAUGUGUCUGUGAAGAUGGUAAAACUGGAUUCUAUAGAUGUAGUGACAGAUGCCGAACAUACAAGAAUGUUCCUCAAACCUGUACAAUGGUACCAGAUCCAAAAGAUCCACAAUGUUGUCAACUUCCUCAGUGUAUCCCAGGAGUCAACGGUUACCCAACCCCUGUACCACAAGUCACACCACGUCCAGGAAUGACUCAAGCCCCACAGCUUGUGACAGGACAGCCAUUGGGUGUUGUAACAGGAUUUGCACCAAGCCCUACACCAACACCUCUACCUACACUAGCACCUAAACCAGGCCAGCCAAUACCAACCAGACAACCUACCCCAGCUCCAAAAAUGGUAUGUGUAUACAAAGGCAAAGCUUAUGGACAAGGUCAGAGAUGGCAGGAUGGAUGUGAUUAUAACUGUGAAUGUACUGAUGGUAUGACAGGACAUUAUGAAUGUACUGAAAGAUGCCCAGCCUAUCCAGCUAUUCCUCCAUAUUGUCACCUGGAGACUGAUCCUAAAGAUUUCUGUUGUCAGAGACCAGUUUGUAAUUAUGAUAAACCUGUGAUCAUACCCACACCAGGACCAAUCUUACCAAUCACAAAAGCUCCUAUACCAGGACAACCCACAUUGCCACCUACACCAGGACUACCUGGUACCCAGACAACACAAUCACCUGUUCUAGCAUUCUGUGUAUACCAAGGGGUAGCAUACAAACAAGGACAGAGCUGGCAAGUCGGUUGUGAUAAGAAUUGUAGAUGUGAUGAUGCUUCCAGAAAUAUUUACAACUGUAUGGAUAGAUGCCCUAGUUACCAGUUACAACCAGGAUGCAGUUAUGUAACAGACCCAUCAGAUCCCUGUUGUCAGGUACCCAGAUGUCUCUCUACUCCAACACCAAAACCAUACAUAACUCCAGGACCAGGACAACCAACUCCACAACCAGGACUUAACCCCACCAUUGGACCUAAUUUCACACCUACUGUCACACCCUACCCUCAACCUCUAGGUGUUACAGGAUCUGUCAUUGGAAAACCACAGGUGCCAAGUCUCCGAGGAACAUGUGAAUACAUGGGUAAACAAUAUACCACAGGCCAGAAAUGGGAUGAUGGCUGUCGAUACCACUGUGUAUGUACUGAUGGAACAAGUGGUCAGUACAAAUGUGAUGAAAGAUGCCCAAGAUACCCACAGAUCCCAUCGUACUGUGUUUUGGUACAAGAUAAGAACGAUCAGUGUUGUAAAGUUCCAUCUUGUAGUAGCGUAGCACCAACACCAAUACCACCAUUCACCCCAUCACUAAAGCCAGGAAAUACUCCAGGCCCUGGAUCAACAUUGUCACCAUUGAUGACUCCACCAACACAAGGUCCACAACCUGUGGUUAAAGAUGUUUGCAUUAUGAAAGGAAAAGCUUACACUCAAGGACAGACAUGGGAUGAUGGAUGUGACAAAAUUUGUGUUUGUGAUGAUGGUAAAACUGGACAUUAUUCAUGCAAAGAUAGAUGUCCAACCUAUGUGAACAUCUCACCAACCUGUAUAAUGGUAGCAGAUCCAUCAGAUCCUGUCUGCUGCAAGAUCCCACAAUGCACCAAUCCAAACAACUCCACCAUUCCACCAGGAGUAUUCGGACAAGUCACUGGUCUCAACCCAACACCAAUACCAAACCUGCAACCAACACCAGGAGGUGUGAACACACCAGUACCACAACCAAACCUAAACCCCACACCUUACCCAGGAGGAACCUAUGCACCAGGCAUGAUUCCAUCACAGAUUCCAACUCUUGUACCAAAUCCAAAUUUGACACCAAACCCAAAUCCAACUCCACAACCACAACCAAAAGUGUGUGUCUACAAUGGCCAACAAUAUACCCAGGGACAGAGAUGGAGAGAUGGUUGUAAAUAUAACUGUGUAUGUGAAAAUGGCAUGACUGGAAAAUACACAUGUACCGAUAUAUGUGCACGAUACCCACCACUACCAGCCAACUGUAGAAUGGUUUAUGAUGCUUCCAAUCCAUGUUGUAAGAAACCAGAUUGUUCCAACCCAACACCAAAUCCUCUUACACCAUCACCAGGAGGACCUAAUGCUACUCCUAAUCCAUUUCCAACACUGGCUCCAAAACUAGAGUUCUGUAUUUACAAUGGUAUACCCUACAGACAGGGACAGAGUUGGCAGGAUGGUUGUAGUAAGGUCUGUAGAUGUGAAGAUGCUGCUGCUAAACAAGUCACAUGUAAUGACAGAUGUUCAACAUACCCACAACUUCAACCAGGAUGUACUUACAUUACUGACCCAAGUGACCCCUGUUGUCAAGUACCUAAAUGUGUACCAACCUCCAAUACUACAGUUGUUGUCACUGGACCAAAGGGUACCAUUGAUGGGUCUAAUGUUGUCAAACCAAAUCAACCAAACACAGGAAUUAAUGGCAGAUCUAAUGUAUGUUUGUACAAUGGUAAGAUCUAUACCCAGGGUCAAAAAUGGGAUGAUGGCUGCUCCUACCACUGUGUAUGUCUCGAUGCUUCAACAGGACAUUACCAAUGUACAGACAGAUGCUCUAAGGUACCCCAGCUUCCACCAUACUGUACUAUGAUCAGUGAUCCAAAAGAUCAGUGUUGUCAGCUUCCAUACUGCCAGAACCCACAACCUACACCUAAUCCAAACAUGAAACCCACACCAGGAGUAACGCUUGUACCAAACCCUAACAAUACCCCAGGCCCAACGGUGGCACCUAAACCAAAGAAUGUAUGUGUGUACAAAGGAAACAUGUACCAACAGAACCAGGUUUGGUAUGAUGGAUGUAAUGCUAAAUGUAGAUGUGAGAACUCUAACACAGGAUAUUACAGAUGUCAGGAAAGAUGUGCCAGAUACACUGCUAUUCCAACAAGCUGUUUAUUGGUUGCUGAUCCUGCAGAUCCAACAUGUUGUAAGGUUCCAGAAUGUCCUGUCGUACCAACAGGUGGUCCCACACCAACACCAGGAUUUAUUCCAACCCCACAGACUGCACAACCAGGUAUCCUUACAGGUCUUGCUCCAGUCAUAACACCAACUCCAGGUGUUACUCUUAGACCUCCUCAACUUGAUGGAAGGACCACCUUAGCUCCCCAACCCAAGACAGGCUGUUCCUACAGAGGAAUUGUUUACCAAAAAGGACAGAAAUGGGAUGAUGGGUGUACAUAUGUUUGUGAAUGUUUGGAUGAUAUGACAGGUCAAUACAGAUGUGUUGAAAAGUGUUCUAAGUUCCCCAACUUGGAUAGCAGAUGUGUACUGAUACAGGAUCCAAGUGAACCAUGUUGUCAGAAACCAUAUUGUGAUUUCGUCAAUCCAACACCAUUCCCCAACGGUAUCCCAACACCAAGACCAAAUAAUGCUCCUACUCCAAGACCAGGACAGAACACAGUAGCUCCAACACCCAUUCCAUCCCCCACUCCGGGUAAAUGUGUGUACAAAGGUGUGUUCUACUCCCAAGGACAAACAUGGAAUGAUGGCUGUGAUUACACAUGCCAGUGUGAUGAUGCAAUGAACAACCGAUACUCUUGUCAUCAAAGAUGUAAAGUCUAUAACCAAGUGCCAGCUGGAUGUAAACUAAGCACAGAUCCAAAUGACCAGUGCUGUUUGGUCCCUAACUGUAACAUCAACUUGUUCCCAAACACCCCCGGAACAGUUUUAGGAGGUACCACACCUAAAGGUUAUACCCUCAAUCCUCAAUACAAUACAGGUCCCUCUGGAACCGGGCCACAGUAUAUCUAUCCAACACCUAUCCAACCAGGGUCCUUUGUUGGUACAGGCGGAACUGGAGGACAGAAUCCAUUAAUGCCAAACUCAGGAAACAGUUUCACUGGAAGCAGCAAAGAUAUGUGUAUUUACAAGGGAGUUGCUUACCAACAAGGUGCAACUUGGGAUGAUGGUUGCUCAUACCGAUGUGAAUGUUUUGAUGCUUCUAGGAGACAGUAUAGAUGUACUGAUAGAUGUCCAUCUUAUCCAUUCAUGCCACCACAGUGUAAAUUUGUCCAGGAUCCUAAAGACCAGUGUUGCCAAAUGGCCAGAUGUGACUCCUUUUACACACCCGUGCCAAAUCCUUCCAAUACACCAACACCACAGCCAAACACACCCACAUUCAAACCAAACACACAGCAACCACAGACAACAAACCAACAGAUUGUCAUCACACCAGGACAGAAUACUGGACAUGUUGGUACCAACAAUUCACCAACACCAACCGGUAACACAAUAACAGGACGUCCAGGUUAUUGUCUAUACAAGAAUCAGUUGUAUGCUAGAGGACAGAGAUGGCAGGAUGGAUGUAACUACAAUUGUAUCUGUCAAGAUCCUGUAGGAAACCACUUUAGAUGUACUGCCAGAUGUAAAUUCUACUCCAGUAUACCAAGCUUCUGUACACUGAAACAAGAUCCUACCGACCAGUGCUGUAUGACAGUCACAUGUAUGGCUAAUGGACAACAGUUGACACCACUGAUCCCUGAUGGAAGACCCACUCCUUCACCAACUCUGUCACCUAGCAUGAUCAAUGUUGUACCCCUAGGUACCCAUUCUGUCGUCACAGGAUCUGGUCUACCACCAGGACAGACACCCGGCAUGACUGGAGGAAGAAGUGUGUGUUUGUACCACGGUAAAGUGCACAACCAGGGAGAGUCUUGGGAUGAUGGAUGUAAAUAUGUCUGUACUUGUGAAGAUGGAAGUACUGGAAUGUACAAGUGUACAUCAAAAUGUCCAUCCUAUCCAGCUAUACCAUCCUACUGUUCCUAUACCCAGGUACCAGGUCAAUGUUGCCCUUCACUUCAUUGUAACAGUCCAACCUUUGGUAACUACAACCCUAUUCCUCAACUGAUACCCACACCAAGACCAAAUAUUGCACCAACAGCAACCAACCCAUACGUAAUUGUACAACCUGGACAGCAAUCGGUCACCAAUGGUCAAGGUACAGUUGUCGUACCUGGUCAGGCUCUCACUUCUUUCAAUGGAAAUACAAACAAUUUAUGUAUCUACAAGGGUAAAGUGUACAACAAGGGAGACAAAUGGGAUGACGGCUGUGAAUUCAGUUGCGAGUGUUUAGAAGGACAAAGUGGAUUAUAUCAAUGCAAAGCUAAAUGUCCAACCUACCCCAAGAUGCCGUCUCAGUGCUACAUGGUCAAACCCAAUGGUGAUUGUUGCUCCAAACCAAUGUGUACAGGACCUGAUGGAAGCCAAGUCAAUCCUCUGUUACCAGGAAGUAAAUACCCUGUUUAUGGUAGCUAUGGAGGAGGAUACACUGGAUUCAGACCAAACUAUACCCCAGGCCAAAACAUGGUCUCAGGAAGUAGAGCUAAUGUAUGUAUAUACAAAGGACAUGUUUACCAACAGAACCAGAGAUGGGAAGAUGGAUGUGACUUCACAUGUGUGUGUACAGACUCCACCAAGGGACAAUACAGAUGUUCAUCUAAGUGUCCAACUUACAACGCACUUCCAUCACAAUGUAGAAUGUAUGAUGUGCCCGGAGACUGUUGUAAGGAGGUCCGAUGUGAUAUGAGCCAAGUACCACCAACACCAAAGGUCCCAACACCACAAACAAAUACACCUGCUCCACAUGUAGAUCCUAACUGUUAUGAUGUACUUGAUAACUGUAAGGCCUAUGGAAAGCAAGCAUGUAGCUCCCAAUAUGAUACCUGGGCUAGGAAGAACUGUAACUUGUAUUGUGGAUUCUGUAAUCCAUCAUUUACAAAUGCUCCAAGAAUAUGUGCAGAUAAACUUCCAAAUUGUCCUGCUUUUGGAAAAUCAGCUUGUCAAGGACAAUACAAACCAUGGGCAGAAGACAACUGUGCGCAAUAUUGUGGACUUUGUCCUGGAACUGGAACUGGAACUGGAACAGGUGGGAGUGGAACCACUGGCCAGUGUAUUGAUAAAAUUACCAACUGUAAUGAAUUCGGACAGUAUGCAUGCAAACAACCAUACCUCGCCUGGGCUCAGGAGAACUGCCCUAGAUACUGCAACUUCUGUAAUGGCACAGGUACUUUUGUAACAUCUCAACCACAUGUGGCACUCCCAGGUCAAGGCUGGAUGAUCAUGAUGAAGGGUGUGGCUGGUGUACCAGGUAAUUUGUACCAGAUAUGGCAGAGCCCGGCCACAGUGAACCAGAAUGUACCACAAGCCAUGUAUCUUACUGCUCAAUAUCCAGGACACUACAAACCAGACUUGGCUAAUCACUGGUCACAACUCUGUAUAGAUAAGGUGAAAGUUGCAAUUUACAACAAUGGGGUAGAGAAAGCCAACAUUAUAUUUAACGCUGUUGGUGCUGACAAGAACAAUUGGUUUGACAAGAGCAGAAUCAUCUCCUCUACAUACACAGAUAUACAGAAUGCUCCUACAGAAUUCUUCAGCAUGAUUGGAGAUAUGUCAAGUGGAAGACAAUUUUACAUGAGUAGCAGUUCCAACAAUAAAUGUAAUUCUAAUGGUUGGAUGAUGGUAUCUACCCAGAAUAAUGGUUGUCCAUAUGAGACCAGUAGUGGUACAAAACCAGCGUUCUUAUAUGCUCCUGGUAAUACCAUGUCACACUGGAGUCAGACCAGUGCAGGCAAAGGAGAUGUGUUUGCCAUCCUUGCCCAUCAAGAUUGUUCUAUAAAAUCUACACCACAACCCGGAGGAAUUACUGGAACAACUACAGCCUGUAUUUACAAACAAAAUAUAUACAGACAAGGAGAGCACUGGGUAGAUGGUUGUGAUUAUAACUGCACAUGUGUUGACGAGAAUGCUGGACGUUAUGUCUGCAACAGUUUAUGUCAAACAUACAACAGUUUACCACCAGGUUGUACUUUAACCAAACCAGCAGGACAAUGUUGUUCAUUCCCAGACUGUGGUAACGGUAUAAUCACGAAUGGACAGCUUACAGGAAUGUGUGUGUAUCAAAACCAGACAUAUAGAGAAGGUCAGAAAUGGUCUGAUGGAUGUAAAUAUAACUGUGAAUGUACAGAUGGCACCCAUGGUAGAUAUGUUUGUAAAGACAAAUGUUAUACAUGGAAUUUACCAAAUGUAUGUACAUUAGAUCCACCAGCGGCAGGAUUCUGUUGUUCUACGCCUAAAUGUCCAGACUAUGUACAAAUAACAUACCCACAAGGAUAUGUCAAACAAUAGUGUAGUGUUACCACAUAGAACCUUAACUUAUUAGAACAAUUCAUUAAAUCCCAUUGUUAUCAUU